GCAUCAGCGUCGGCUAGGAAUCGUUUGUGGCGCUGAACAUCGACCGAUGUGUCAGUGAUGCCCCACCACCAACAACAACACCAGCAACAGCAGCCGAGGAAAACGCAUGCAAAGUGGCGUUGCCAGCAGCAGCAGCAGUGGAGAAAGAAUUGAAAGAAGUUGAAAGAACUUGUACCCACCCAGCUGCCAGAACAGAACGGUGUGGUGUGGUUGUGUUUGAGGGUCUUGCUCCUGUGUUUGCUCGCCGUUUUCGGUACAAACGCUCACAAAACAAUCUUCGCAAAAGGUACAAAAGAGAGUGUGAAAACCAAGCCUGUCGAGAAAUGGGAAAAAUAAGUUGAAGGUAAUUAAGAGCAGGAGAAAAUUCGGAGCAAUGUGCAGUGUUUGAAGUGAAGCAAAAAGCUCGCUCGGAAAAAAAAGUCGGGAAAAGUGUUGUUGUAAGUGGAAAGCGACAGCAAAAAAAAAGAAAGAAGGAAAAACACAGUGCCCCCCUCCAUCCCUUUGAAUCUCGUUUCCAAAAAAAGUGGCAGAAAAUCUAUGUUGCGAUUCGCAAACUGUGUGCGUGUGUAGCUGUGUGUGUGUGUGUGCGUACGUUCCUGUGCGUGUGUGUGCGUCUCGGGCUCUGUGUGUGCGUUUUUAUCCUUGUGUGUGCGCGCGGGUACGCGUGUCGGAUAACAGGGGGCCAGUUUCCUGGAAAAUCUCGGUCAACGGUGGUGUGUUUUCUUUUUGGCUCAUCGCCGUGUGCGUGUGUGCGUCUGUAAAGGGGUGUGUGUGUGCGUUUGCUGUGUAACAAGAUUUACAGCUGUGUAAAAUCCAGCACACCCAGCAAUCUCAUCAAGUGUGCAAGUUCCCUUCAUACUACCUGUGUGCGUACCUGUGUGCGUGUGAGUGUGUGUGUCGCGAUGUAAAGUGUGUGUGAUCCGUUUCGUUCCAUAUAUAUUUUUUUGUUCUUUUUGUGUCGCUUUGUAUGCGAUAAAAGUGUAUCCUGAGUGUGGUGCCACACAGCGACGAGGGUUUCCUUUUCUUCCCCCCGCUUCGAACACCCCGUGGGAAAGAAGCAAAAAUAAAGAAAAAAUGUGCCAGUGCAGUGAAUAGAAGGAUAUUCGAUUGUGCUGUGGUGUCUUUUUCUUUAUUCCUACCACCAUCUUCUUCUUCCUCUUCGGCCGUGCCCGCUCGAUGGAUGCAAAAAUGGUGUUCCGCAGCAGUAGUGUGAGCACAUACUGCAAAGAAGCAGUAUAAGUAGACAUCAACAUCCCGUUGCAGAAGCGGCAGCAGCAGCAGCAACAUACACACACGUGUAUCGGCUUGUACGCGGAUAUCGGAAACAGGGCAGGCGACGACCGUACGCUGUCGAGACAGGAUAAUAAGGCAGUCACAGCAAGAGAAAAAGGACACAGAAGGCGGCAAGGCGAAACAGCGAAAUCCGGCGCUGCGGCGAAUAAGGACUUUCUAGGCGAAUGUGAAGGAUUGUGUGAUGUAAAACGAACGUUUUCUCCACGAAACUGCACACAAAACUUCUCUGCUGGAGGUGUGAAGAAAGGAAGAGAGAACAAGAGAAUUGAAAUGAGGCUGUAAAAAGAAUCGUAUCGAGAAUACAGACACACACUAACACUAUGACCGUUAGUGUACGGCACUGUCAGUCAGCGUUUGUUUUAGAAGCAGCAGCAGCAGCAGCAGUUACAGUAGCGCCGGCAACCCUUUGCACCAGGUCCGCACAACCGGCAGCUGGUCCGGCAGGAUCGGGUCCCCGUUCGGCAGCCUCCGGGGAGCAUGUUGGUUGCGAGCAGCGGUCGCCUGUUCGCGCACUGUGAUGUCGUAGAUAUGGACUGUAACGCUGGCAACAGUAACGGUGGCAACGGCAGCAACAGUAACGGUGCUAACGGCGUCGGUGCUAACCUCUUCACCCGGCAGCACUCGAUAACGGGGAUUGGCGGCGGCGGCAACGGGUACUCGCUGCUGUUGGCAAACGGCGGUGCGCCAGUCGGCUCGUCCGGCAUACCGUCCAGCAGCACCAGCUCGCUGCGGUGCGACAAGGUGAACGGUAACGCGUCGUCGACGAUCCUGGGCAGCAACAGCAUCAUCGGCGGCGGCAGCAGCAACAAUAUCAGCAGCCUCGGCACGGGCGGGCUGACCACGUUCCAGCCGGCCCUGAUUGGGCCGCCGUCCUCGCUGAAAACGUCCUCGCUGACCUCGUCCGCGAUCCUGUUCGGGGGCAGCAGCGGUAAUUUGAGCAGCAUCGGCGGGAAACCGACGGGCACGGGCGGCGGUACGCACAAGUGGAUCGGUUCGCUGUGUGAUGGUGCUACCUCAAUCGGGUACAGCAGCGGUAGCAGCAGCAAACUGAAUCAGCAACUCCACUUCCAGCAUCCUCAGCAGCAGCAGCAGCAGCAACAGUUGCUUCUACUUCAGCAUCAUCAGAAUAAGCAUCAUCAUCCUCAUCUGUCUCAGCAGCAACAGCAGCAGCAGGGAUCUCAUCCACAGCACCACCAUCACCACAGCUUGCCGGUGACGACGAGUGGCCCCAGCGGUAGCAACAUGCUGGACAGUCUGACCUUUCGCCUGUGCGAUGUGGAUGGCGCGGUGGCCAGCACCAUGUCCAACCCGAACGGUGGCAACGGGGCAAGCAAUGGAGCUUCCACGAACGGCAGUACGGCGGGGGGAGGCGGAGGAAGCAUACUGAUGGUGGUGCCGCCCCAAUCGGGCAGCGGGAAACAGUCACAUUCCUCCGCAAUCAAUGCCGGUGGUGGCGGUGGCGAGCGGCACUCGUACGCUUCCCAUGACCAUCAGCACCAGCAGAAAAUGGUGGCAGCCCAGCAGCAUCACCAUCAGCAGCAGCAGCAGCACCAGCAACACAGUAGCAAUACAAGCAGUAGUAGUAGCAAUAACAGUGCUGCAAUUGCCGCCGCGAGUGACGUCCCAAUAAACUACAGCAAAAUGACGCGCAUCAGCAAGAUGGGUCUCAGUGCCGAUGCGGUCCAUCAGCACCAGCAGCAGCAGCAGCACCAUCACCACCACCAUCAUCAUGACAGUUCGGCUUCGGUCUCGAUACUGCCCACCUCGUCCGCUGCCGCCGUGCAGCAGCAGCAGCAGCAAGCGCAACAGCAAGCCCUGCACAAGCAGCAGCUGCACCAUCUGCGCAGUACGGUCGGCGGGAGCAGCGGUAAUGUGGCGAAAGGGAAUGAUGCUUCCGCCGCCGCCAGCUACUGCAAGGUGACGCGCAUCGGCAACAUCACGCUGAUGGACCCGGAAGACCAAACGAUGCUGCCGUCGCACCUGCUGGGCAACAGCAGCAACAGCAGCACUACGGGCGGCAGCAGCGGCGGCAGCAGCAGCAACAACACGAUGAAGAAGGACGAGGUGAGCUUGACGAAGGUGGCCAAGUUGGGACACUCGGUUGAUCAAAAGGUGUGUGAUUUGCAGCAACAUUUCAUUCAGCAUCAUCAGCACCAGCUGCAACAGAUGCAGCAGCAGCAGCAGCAGCAGCAACAGGGUGCACAAAAGCAACAUGCUCAGCAGCAGCAGCAGAAAGAGCAGCAGGGUAAUGGUGGGGAGGAGGUGCGAAUAACGGAGAGCUUGGCCCCGUUCGAGGUGCUGCGGCUGUACAUGGACAAGCUGACGCAGUACGAGCAUCACGAGAUCUACAACUAUCCUCGCAUUUACUUCAUCGGUGCGAACGCGAAGAAGCGGCGCGGGGCGGGCAACUCCGACUACGACAACGAGCAGGGCUCGUACAUCCAUAUCGCGCACGACCACAUAGCGUACCGGUACGAGGUGCUGAAGAUCAUCGGCAAGGGCAGCUUCGGGCAGGUGGUGAAGGCGUACGACCAUCGCAACUUCCAGCACGUGGCGCUGAAGAUGAUCCGCAACGAGCAGCGGUUCCACCGGCAGGCGCAGGAGGAAAUUCGCAUCCUGAAGCAUCUGCGGGCGCAGGACCGGUAUAACUCGAUGAACAUCAUCCACAUGUACGACAGCUUCGUGUUUCGCAACCACAUGUGCAUUACGUUCGAGCUGCUGUACAUCAACCUGUACGAGCUGAUCAAGAAGAACAAGUUCAAGGGCUUCAGCAUGCAGCUGGUGCGCAAGUUCACCCACUCGCUGCUGAAGUGCCUGGACGCGCUGUACAAGAACAAGAUCAUCCAUUGUGAUAUGAAGCCGGAGAACAUCCUGCUCAAGCAGCAGGGCCGCUCGGGCAUUAAGGUGAUCGAUUUCGGGUCUAGCUGCUUCGAGAACGAGCGCGUCUACACGUACAUCCAGUCGCGGUUCUACCGGGCGCCGGAGGUGAUCCUCGGCGCCAAGUACGACAUGGCGAUCGACAUGUGGUCGCUCGGGUGCAUCGUGGCGGAGCUGUACACCGGGUCGGCGCUGCUGCCCGGCGAGGACGAGUACGACCAGAUGGCGUGCAUUAUCGAGCUGCUCGGCAUGCCGCCGCUCAAGCUGCUGCACAAUGCGCGGUGGCCGUCGCGCUACUUUGCGUACGACGGGGACGAUCAGUUCCCGCACUACUGCUCGCUCAGCUUCCGGGAGGAUGGGCGGGAGGAGAUCCAGGGUAGCUAUAGCAAGCGGGGACGCUACCGCGGUGCGCCCGGCACGCGCGAUCUCGCCAAGGUGCUGAACUACUGUGACGAGCUGUUCCUCGACUUCGUGAAGCACUGUCUGCGGUGGGAUCCGAAGCGCCGCAUGACGCCGCAGGAAGCGCUCAACCACAACUGGUUCCACCGGAUGCUGCCCCAGUCGCCGCAGGUGGUGAAGGUGAGCGAUGGCGGGUCGGAGUCGGCCGCCUCCACGACGGUUAGCAGCGGCACGGUGGCCGGCGGCAGCUCGUCCCACUCGACGGCCAGCUCGAUCAGCAAGCAGCUGAGCUCUUCGAUGGUGAGCGGCGGCGGCGGCACGCUGGAAAGCAAUGCGGGAGGCAGUUUGGCGGCAGCGGCGGCGGCAGCGGCCGCCGGCACCAUUUCCAUGGGCUCCUAGCAGAAGAAAGCGCUCGCAGCGGUGGCAACCUCCUCGUCGUCCGGGGGGAUGUCGGUGUCGUUGAAGAAAGUUUCCUCGGCACUGUCGCUGCCGGCGGGCUGCGGUAUCGGCGGCGGCCUCAGCAAAACAUCGCCCACGGCCGCCUCCUCGCUGCUGUCGUCCGGCAUUUCCAGCUCGAUGAUAACGCUGGCUGGGUCGAUGCAGCAGCCGACCUGCCAGCGGCAAGCGACCUCACUGCAGGCCCUGCUCGAGGGGCGAAUACUGGCGACGGGGCGCACGGUCGCCUCCCUAGGGUUGGACUCGUCCUUGGUGAUUCACGGAAGCAAAGCGAAGGGUGACGGGGUAGUGGAACCGGGGCACGGGGAACGGAGAAGGCAUCAUCAGGCGUCCAUGUCCGACCACCAGCCGUCGACGGCUCAGCUGGCCGCCCUGGCACUGGGCACGGCGGCGGACGGUAGCAGUAGCAGCAAUAAUCAACCACAACCUCCUCCUUCCACUCAUCAUCACGGCGGCCCGGCGGCAGGUGGUGAGCAGGGGGGAAGCUAAAACUACUGCGCCGUUAAGCGCGCGCAGUGCUUUUGUCUCCAGGAAGUCGUCGUCUUUCAUACAGUAACGUAGGAUAAAUAAUCGUGCUUAGCGAAGAGUUUGUGGCGGAGAAGGUACGCGCGGUCUCAGUUUAAGGUGCAAGCAAGCAAGCGAAACGGACGGUGUUUGCUGCAAAACGUGUGCAGAGAGCUUUUUCCGGGCGGAGCAAUGUAGAUAGGCAAAUUGGGAAGCGUGCGGUCUAGCUAUUGAAAGUGUGUUUGUGCUUGAGGCCUAUUACGAUAUAUUUUUUAGUUAAUUUUCUCAUCGUCUGAACAGUUCGAUUAGCAGACGCGAAUGGACAGAAGGACUACCCAUGCUGCUGUUGCAUGGGCAAUUCCAUUGUUACUUUGAAUGGGUAAAGUAACUCACCAGACUUUUAUGUAGCUUAUUUUUUAUUGAAUUUGUUCUCAAACAUAGCCAAUGUUGGACACGCGUAAUUCAUAUCUUGUGAUUUCUAAUCCUCAUCCUAAUAUUCAUUUACACUGCCUUUUAUGUUUAGUAAUGGAUUUGUUUUCCAUGGAUCGGUGGUUCGUUUGGUCGAUAUAUACUAAAAGGACUAAAAGCUGGGCGUGGCGAAUAGUGCGCUGCAUUUCAUCAUAUCCCAUCCCCCGUUGGCCCCGGGGUUAAAGGACUAAAAGCUGGGCGUGGCGAAUAGUGCGCUGCAUUUCAUCAUAUCCCAUCCCCCGUUGGCCCCGGGGUUAAAGGAUCAACGACAUUAGACAUUUGUAAAAGCCCGGGCAUCUUUGUGCGCAAGGGGUAGAGCAUAGUGAAGAGACUGUUUAAAGAUUAACGAAUAACUCAAACGCAGGACAUUGACCAUUGAAGUAUCAACAAGUGCGUGUACCUACAGUAGAUCAAAACAGAACGAUCUGCGUGUAAAAGCAAACAAAUACCAAAAAAGAGAGUGAAAGUUGUGACGAUUUUAACGAGAUUGAGCGUGGUAGUGUUGGAAAUUCUUGACUUUGCAAGGUGAUUUAUUUGGACCCAUACUAACGAACGAAUUGCAAAAUUAACCCCGCCCCGGAGAAUGGCGAUUGUCGAAAUAUCAUUAAAAGAAUAGGCUUUUUCCCCCACGCCCCUCCGCCGAUGGGAUGUACACGUUUGUUGUCAAUCAUUAUUGUCUUAAAGGAUUGAGUGGUCGUGUAGAAGGACACUACGCUGCUUGUUAGCAAAAUUAGACUGAAGAAAAUAAAAUGAAAAGGUGGGUGUGAUAGGGCUCGCCCCGUAAUGCCCGCUGUUUAGUAUGCAAAACUAAAGUAUGCUUAUCAUCCUAGCUAGAGCAAUCGUUGUCGUCGUGUGUGUGCGUGUGUAGGAAAUGUAGUUUAUUUUAGUCUAAUUCUCAUUCCUAUCGACAUACAGGACAUAACAUAAUUUGUACAAUGGAAUAGACUUUACGAUCAUCAACCCCGUUGCUCUCCCAAACACACACACACACAACUAUAGUAUUACUUAGCUGAUAGCGGAAGACCACACACACGCAGCAACUUACUCACGGUCAACCUCAAAAUGCUCAAAUAUUAUCAAAAAUCAAUCACUAUCACCCGUCUGCCCUUCCCACUUGUAUUACACACGAGACACGUGGUAGACGCGCGUAAAAGACGUAAAACAAAACCCGCGUAAAGCGAAACUAACUGCCAAUUAACGUAUAGGAAAGAGCCACUCAAUCGUUUUGAAAAGACACAUUUCGUAGCGACAAUUGGGUGUGUUACCAAGCGAGAAAGCCGAGAGGGUAGAAAGGAAGAAAACAAAAAGAACACAACCAGACACCAUUAAAUAUGACAAAUAAUCCCCAAUGUUGUUUUCCGUUUUUUUUUGUUUUGCUUUACUUUGCUUUGAUUGUAUAGCGCGACUGAAGCGAAGUAAAGCAUGAAAUAGUCCAACCGCUAUUAUUGUGGCGCAAUAUAUUGUAUGCGUGUACAGCAAAGUACAGCAAAAACGUUUAAAGUAUUUAAUCGCCUUCCCACACACACUCACACACGCCGGGUGGAUCCGGAUCUGUCUGUGGUUGCCAGCAAUAAGAGAUUUCGUAUUUCAUGUUCACUAGCUUUUUUUUUGUUUUGUUUUGUAUUAUGUUUACGCUCUGUGUACUUAUGGUUGAUUGUAUGCAGAUGAACUAUAAACAGUGUAAAACCCCCCCGUCUAGCUGAAAUGUGUCUCAACAUUAAGUUUAUUCACAAUUUUGGAAGGAAAACAAAAUCCACACAGAUAAGUGUUUCGUUCAACUACCAAACAAUCAAAUAAUCACCCAAAAUUCGCUUCUCUAAUCGCACUGGUAUGAUAUAAACCGAUGAUAACUGGUAUGAUAACUGGUAUGAUAGAUAAUGAGGGAAACAGUAUGGUAUAAAGACAAAAGGAAAAGGUUUAUAAAGCACACAAAGCGCAAUAUGUCGUUAAGAAGGGACACACGCCACAAGACACAUUGAUCAAAUUAUCAAACAUUGUAACGGCUUAGUGAGGAAUGGAAUGCGUGAGAAGAAGAAAUAGGUACAUUUGUCGUCUGUAUUUGCUGUGAGUUGGUGUCCGUUUGUGUGUCCGCAAGAUGCUGUGGUGUGAUGGACGAUUUUCUAGCCGCGAAACCGAAACUAAGUAAUCAAAAGGACUGCACAUUGUAAGCUAGAAUGAAUAGAGAAGUAAUAGAACCUAGUAGUAGUAGUAUAGUUUUUUUUUUGAUGGGAAGAAAGGGUGCGAACCCCUCAAGUAAGGGUUUGUGACGACCUGGCGAGGAAUAGUAAAAUUAGAAGUGACGAAACGGACAAACUAACUAAAGGAGAGCCACUGAAAACACUCUCACGCACUUGCCAGCCGCAAAAGCAAAAGUGCAUUAGAACUGUAGAGAAUGUACAUCUCAACCAACACACAACAACACUACUAUGCAUGGGAUAGUGGAAAGGAGCAUAAGAUAAUUGUAGAGAUCCUAACCGCAUCAAAUGAGAGCAACACGCUAUAAUUGGUAGAUAAGGAUGGACGGAAAACGCUAUAGCUAAUUUAGAUGACGAACGUGUCACGUUGCAAGAAAUAAGGCAUGCUACUAGGCAAUAAGUCAAAACAAAAAACAA